CCUCUUUGUUCUUGUAUAACCUACCGAUUCUUUUUUUUUAAAAAUCAAUGCUUAACGACAGUACUCGAAUAGGCAUGAACAACAGCAACACCAGGCGAUCUUCAGGUUCGCUUAAUCGACGCUCGUCAGAAAAGCCAAGGAUCGUUAAAAAGCCUGUGGAAGAAAAAGGAACCAACAUUCAAGUUGUUCUGCGAUGCCGAGGACGUAACGAACAAGAAAUUGCUGCCAAUUCACCCGUCAUAUUAGAAGCCAAGCGUCGUCGCGAUGUUGUGUUGAGAAACACUGGCAAAGACAAAGAUUAUUCCUUCGAUCGUGUAUUUGGACCUGAAUCAACCCAAGAAGAGAUUUACGGUGAAGUAGCGCAACCCAUUCUUGAUGAAGUGCUCAUGGGAUACAACUGUACGAUCUUUGCAUACGGUCAAACUGGCACGGGAAAAACAUAUACCAUGGAAGGCGAACUCGAAGAAAGACAUGGACGAUUGACGCCACGUGCGGGUAUCAUUCCUCGCGCCAUCUAUAAACUAUUCGAAACGCUCGAUGCACAACACGCAGAAUAUUCAGUCAAAGUCUCAUUGAUCGAACUCUAUAACGAAGAAUUACGAGACUUACUCAACAAUGACGAUACGCGGACGCUACGGAUUUUUGAGGAUCAAAGUGGAUCAGGCGUAAUUGUUCAAGGCAUGGAAGAAUCCAUCAUAUCAAGUGCAGCAGAGGCAUUGACUAUUAUGCAAGAAGGCAGCAAAAACCGAAGCAUCGCUUUUACAAAAUGCAAUGAAAAAUCGAGUCGUUCCCAUUGUAUCUUCACGCUAACUGUUCAUAUCAAAGAAAUAAUACCUGGCGGUGAAGAAGUACUCAAGGUGGGAAAGCUGAACUUGGUGGAUCUGGCUGGUUCGGAAAACAUCAAUCGAUCAGGCGCUGAGCAUGCACGAGCAAGAGAGGCUGGUAUGAUAAACCAAAGUUUGCUGACUCUCGGUCGUGUCAUCAAUCAUCUUGUCGAUCAUUCGCAGCAUAUUCCGUACAGAGAGAGCAAGUUGACAAGAUUACUAAAAGAUUCUCUUGGUGGACGAACAAAAACAUGUCUAAUAGCGACAAUUUCAGUAUGCAAGAUGAAUCAGGAGGAAAUCAUCAGCACGCUGGAUUAUGCUAAAAGAGCAAAGAAUAUCCGAAAUCGACCCGAGGCGAACCAGCGCAUGUAUCCCAAAGUUCUUCUCCGUGAAUAUGAACAGACGAUCGAGCGACUCAAAGCUGACUUACAGGCAUCACGAGAACAAAAGGGCGUCUAUUUAUCACAACAAACAUACAGCAUGCUUACCGACGAGAAUCAAAGCAGCAAAGACCGCGUGGUGGAGCUGACCAGAGAUAUUGAUGGGUUACGGGACUCACUACGUGAAAGAACCAAAGAGCUUGAUGAAAAAGCAGACUUAUUGUUUGGAAAGGAAUCCGAACUUGCGCAAGUACAAAAUAAUCUAAAGACGCUGGAUCGGAAAUUAGGUGAAAGCAUCGCAGAGUUCACUGAGCGGAUGGAACAGUAUACGAACCACACAGAAAAAUCAAUCGAUGGCAUUAUACAGUCUUUGGAACAAAACUCGGAUGUGAUGCAAGCACUGGUUCGAGAGGGUGUUCGCGCCCAGAACGAAUUCUCAGAUAAAAUGGAAAAAAUUCGAAGCAAGUUACGAGACCAGGCGCAACAAAAGAAGGAAUGUGCUGAGAAAGAAGUAACCAACUUCUUCAGCUCUUUUGAAAAAGAAUUGGAAGGACUCGUUGGAAAUAUCCGUACGAUCGAAGACCACUUUACCCGAACAUACAAACAACAUGUGGAAGACGAACGACAACAUAUAGAAACACAAAACACGUCAGUAACGAAAAUCCGUGAUACAACGAUAACAAGCAUGUCCGACGAGAAACAACGCGUAAAAAAGCACUACUCGAUGGUGCAGAAUUUUAUAUCCAAUGAACGAGGAAAGGAAAAGGAUGCAGAAGCGGGUUUGAUGAUCUCAAUCAACAAAAUAGUAUCAGAAUGGAGAAAGCAAAGAGCUCAACGACUCGAAAGCUCCUUAAGAGACUUACAAAGCUCCUUCAAGGACAAUGCGCAUGAUAUCCUUUUUAUUGUUAUCAUCAUCCCCUCGAUAUAUAACUAUCUCACUAACGACAUUAUGCAUACGUACAAAAUCUUAAUCCUUAACUUACUGCUUUGUUUUUCUCUUAUCCACCUCUCGAAAGUUUCCAGGACGACUUUAAUUCAAUGAUCGAGUUAACGAUUCAGAAAAACACCAACCGAUUAACGGAUGUAAAGGCCGCUCAAGAUGAUAUUUAUCGCCAACAAAAUAUGUUUGAGGAUAUAAACACCAAUAUCUCUACAUUAAGGCAACAAGGCGAAUCUCACCACAGUCAAGUACUGGAGGGUCUCACUGCUGGCCAGUCGAUGGUUACAUCUACUUGCGAUGAAAUAAGCCAAGCACGGUCAUUAUCAAGGAAAAGACCUCUCCUAGAUGAUUGCACAAAUGUGUCAAAAUCAUCAAAACAACCGAAAACUACCGACUUGUAAAUAAUAAUAAAAACCUCCAUCCAAAC